AUGUACACAACCAUAGUAGAGAGUGUACAGAAGACUUCUUCAUUCUUCAGGUUGUUAUUUUCUCCCUCCCAAGCAGAAAUGAAAAUCUUUAAGCCCAACAAGAAAGGCUUUUUUGAAUGCCUAGCAGCUGCGGUAGUCUACAUGCUCCAGAGCUCUAAUCCAGACUCUCUGUCCAUUGCUGAAGUAGACAUCUCCGGAAAACCACAUAAGUGUGUUUUUAUAGAUCAUGGAAGCUUUGGAAGGCUCAGCAAGGGAAAUUGGGUAGUUAUUGUGGAUGUUAGGGGUGACGGUUUCUAUUCCCACGUAGCAAGAAAAAUAUCUAAUCUGUGCGAUGUUGCUGUAUUACGUGUGAGCUCUUGGAAAGAUGCAGUAGUAGCAGUAAAGCUUCCCUUAAAUAUUCCAAAAGAAACCAUCUAUCUAAAACAUUCCAUGAAUAGAUAUAUCUCAGGAAGAGAGGUGGCGAUAGACAAUGCCGUGGAUAUAUAUCUUCUUAGCAAACUUCUUUGGAUGAGAAAGCACAUCAGAAAGAUAAUUUUGUCUAGGUUUUGCAUGUAUAUGAGCUUUGUAGAGAUAAUGUUCUUUGUUAUUGGAAAACUUCUCUCUUUGGGUUGGUAG